GGGAGCCCAGCCUGUGCCCAGCGAGAGCGAGCGAGCAAGCGCUGUGCACCCCGAGGUCUCCCAGCGGCGCGCCAUGGCUGGUCCGCCUCAGCAGCCCCCGUACCUGCACCUCGCCGAGCUGACGGCGUCCCAGUUCCUGGAAAUCUGGAAGCAUUUCGACUCAGACGGAAAUGGUUAUAUUGAAGGCAAAGAACUAGAGAACUUUUUCCAAGAGCUGGAGAAGGCAAGAAAAGGCUCUGGCAUGGUGUCAAAGAGUGACAACUUUGGAGAGAAGAUGAAGGAGUUCAUGCAGAAGUAUGACAAGAAUUCAGAUGGGAAAAUUGAGAUGGCAGAGCUGGCGCAGAUCCUGCCAACCGAGGAGAACUUCCUUCUAUGCUUCAGGCAGCACGUGGGCUCCAGCGCUGAGUUCAUGGAGGCUUGGCGGAAGUACGACACAGACAGAAGCGGCUACAUUGAAGCCAACGAGCUCAAGGGGUUCCUGUCAGACCUGCUGAAGAAGGCAAACCGGCCUUAUGAUGAACCCAAGCUCCAGGAGUACACCCAGACCAUUCUAAGGAUGUUUGACUUGAAUGGAGAUGGCAAACUGGGCCUCUCGGAGAUGUCCCGACUCUUGCCCGUUCAGGAAAACUUCCUGCUUAAAUUUCAGGACAUGAAGCUGACCGCCGAGGAGUUCAAUGCGAUCUUCACAUUUUAUGACAAGGAUGGAAGUGGCUACAUUGAUGAGAAUGAGCUGGAUGCCCUUUUGAAGGAUCUCUAUGAGAAAAACAAGAAGGAAAUGAACAUCCAACAGCUCACCAACUACAGGAAGAGCGUCAUGUCCUUGGCAGAAGCAGGGAAGCUCUACCGCAAGGACCUGGAGAUUGUGCUCUGCAGGGAGCCCCCUGUGUAAAGCCAGGAGAGGGGCUGCUAAUCCACCUCCCCGAAUCCUCCCCCUGCUGCCCUGACACUGUACCCACACCCAGAGAUCAUGAGCACCCCCAGGUCCCCGCAGCCCGCCCGCACACACCAGCCAGCAGAGCAGGCAAGGGCAGACAGAGGAUGGGCCACCAAGAGGCCUCCUUGAGCUUCUCUUAACCCAAUCCUGACCAGGCAUGCAGCUCAGCCUGCAGCCUGGAUCACACGGCAUGGGAGGUGGCUGGGGCACAGGUGGUGGUUCCCUAACCUUGGCUGUGAUGCAUGAGCUCAUUUGCUGUAUGAUAUAGGCUUCUCUGUCCAACAGCGUGGACUCCUUCUUCCCGCUCCACAGCCCUUCCCCCAUGCCACCCCCACCUCGAACUCCCCAGACCCAUCCACCCCCUUGCUCAUGACAUAGCGUCUUCUCAGAGUUCCUGUUUGUGGAGGGCGCCAGCCCUGGCCUUGCCUUCGUUGUUCGGUGUGCUCCUCUUCUCUUUUGGUUUCUUGUCUUCUUGUUUACCAAAUAAGAGUUUACAGACAAUAAAACGACAAAGCCCUGCUGUGGACACUCA